CACUUAGUACGACGCAGCAUUCCCAUAGCCCCUUCAGUACAAUCUCUUUCUUCGCCUUCACACGUUUGGGAAGAAGCCGCCAUUGCUUCCCUCCUCCUCCUUUAGCUACUCCUGAAAGCCAUCACUGUCUCUUACUCUUCUCAAAUUCCUCCAUAACCCCUCUCUUACUCUCUGUGAAUAUCCUCGCAGCUCGCGAUUAGGGUUUAUUUCGUCGCUGCCGGCUUUUGUCGCAUUCAUCGCUGGAUGUCAAACGUCUAUGCUUCUUCAACUAUUGCUACUUCUUGUUCGAUUUAUAAUUAGUUUAAGCCGAUCUCCGGUUUAUGGAGAUGGAGGCCUCUCGCAGAUCUGUGUUGGACCGGUCGCGGGAGCCGGGCGCGAAGAAACCUAGACUGACAGAGGAGAGCGAGCGGGAUCGGGGACCUUCCGCCGGCGUUACAUCCGAUCGCAGCCGUACUUAUGCGCAGUCCAGGCCUGCAGCCGGCGGCAGCGGAGGAAACCCGAGAUUUAGGGCGAGCGAGAGGGAGGAGAGGGAGGAAGUGGGGAGAGGGGGAGCGCCUUAUCAGCAGCAGCAGGAGCUAGUGGCGCAGUACAGGACGGCACUCGCGGAGCUGACGUUUAAUUCGAAGCCUAUUAUCACGAAUCUUACGAUCAUUGCCGGGGAGAGCCUCCAUGUUGCUAAGUCUAUUGCUGCCACUGUCUGUGACAAUGUUCUUGAGGUUCCUAGUGAACAAAAGUUGCCAUCUUUAUAUCUUCUUGAUAGCAUUGUGAAGAAUAUUGGAGGAGAUUAUAUUAAAUAUUUUGCUGCAAGAUUGCCACAGGUAUUCUGCAAAGCCUACAAACAAGUUGAUCCUUCCAUACAUCAUAGCUUGAGGCAUCUAUUCGGAACAUGGAAAGGGUAUUUCCCCACUUCUUGCCUCCAAUCAAUCGAGCACGAAUUGGGAUUUCAAAAUGUCAUAAAUGGGUCAUCUGGAGGCACAGGAACAAGGUCAGAUGCUCAAUCACAAAGGUCCCCGCACAGUAUUCAUGUUAAUCCAAAGUAUUUGGAGGCCAGACAACGCUUUCAACAAUCCACAAAGGGGAAGGAAAUAAGCAGCGAAGGCAUUGAUGAAGUUGUUGCUCCACUCGACGAUGCAGAAAGGUCCAUAAGAAAUCCUCUCGCUGGGAGUACGAGACAGCGGUCUGAAUUAUCUAAUAAGGAUGUUCAACACCCUCAAAAGGAACAACCAAGUGACUUCAUUAAUGAACGAAAAGGUUACAAGGAUCUAAGAGAUCCUAGUUUUUCUUCCCAACUUUUGCGGCAACAAGAUGUGGGAGUGGGGAGGAUUGGCCGGGUUAAAGAUUUAGAUGAGAUGGGGAGGACUGUCGAUCAGAUUAGUGAGUCAGAUGAGCCAAGCAAACCAUAUUAUGAGGCUGGCGGGGCAGCUCAAUCAACAGCCUACCGAAGAAAUGGUUUUGAUGCAAAUUACACUUAUGGUAACUAUCGAACUCUAGGGUCCGCUCCAAAUAAUUCUCAGGUUUCUUCGAUCCAUUCAAAUCGAACAAACUGGCCUUUGUCUAAGAAUUGGAAAACUUCCGAGGAGGAAGAGUACAUCUGGGAUGAUAUGGGUUCCAGAUCCGUAGAUUAUGAAAGUGCAAGCAAUAAAAGAAACGCUGUAAGUGUUGAUGAUCAAGACAAGCCACUCAGCUUGCAAAGUCACAAGUGGAUGUCGAUGGAGACCGGUCAAGUUGGCUCUAGAUUAAAUAAAUUUGAUACAUUUCAUCCGCGGUCAAAGAUUGUAGGAACAGAUGAUAGAAUUCAUUUCACAAGAGACCUUGAAGAGCGCUAUUCACAACAACAUAGCCAAGAAGUUGAGCCAAGAUUAAAUAAGGGUGCUUGGCCUCCGCCUCUGCGCGACCCACCAGUGCCAGCUCUUGGGUUAGAUCAUAAGAUUUCAAGAGUUUCAAGUCAAACAGAGCACAGGCCAACUCCUCUUAGUGGUAUUUUAUCUACAAAUGAAAAUUCAGUCAUUCCUAGAUCUGGAUUUCAAUCUAAUCCUACUUCAAGCUUGGGCUUUUCUACAGAUGUAUUAGGAUCAAGUGGACUUUUAGCGCAGCAGGGGCCACUGCCUCUACGUUCUCCUUCACCCAACUUCCCUUCCAUCCCAUCUUCUCCCCUUCAACAACAUAGUCUAAUCGACCAAGAUUAUCUUCAAGUUCGCUCGUCUCAAAUAGGUCAGAAAUCCAGCCAGCUCACAGAUCAGUUUAAUCGCGAUGCAUUUUCUCCAGGCAGCCAUGACUCGUUUACCUCAUUAUCCGAAAAUCCAGCUCCUAAAGCCCAUACUUCAUCGAAUUCACAUGCUUUGUUACCUCUCUCAUCUUUCCCUGUCAUAUCACCACAUCCUGAGCUGAAGCAACAUCCAUCGAUUCAGGAAACUUCGGCAACUGUGUCCCAGCCGAAAGGAUUUUCUGGUACUACGCAAUCCAACAUCAGUAAUCUAUUGGCUUCAGUUUUGAAGACUGACAUUUUGCCUAACAAGCAGGCAAGCGGCUUGAAUAUGCAUCCUCCCCUUCCGAGUGGACCUCCACCCCCUCAGGCACUGACCUCCCCUCCUUUGCCAACUUCUUCAGCACAAAUGGCAUCUUCCCAUGGGAUCUCUCCAUCUUUUACACCUUUUCUUCCAGAUGGCAUCUUGCCUCCAUUGCCCCCUGGUCCUCCACCCUCGACAUCGCUGGUAGGCUCCACCAACUCAGCCACCAUUGGUCUGAAUCCACUUUCAAGUCUCCUGAGCUCAUUGGUUGCGAAGGGCCUCAUAACCUCAGCAUCGACGAAUCAGAUGUCCAAGGAGAGCUCGAGUCAGAACAGCGAUCUCGAUCCAACUACAUCCACCCAACAGUUUUCUUCGAAAGAGCUUCCAAUCACUGAGUCAUCGAGUCUGAAUCGUGUCUUCUUCGAUGACAAUCUGAUAGGUAUUCAAUUCAAGACAGAAAUUAUUCGCGAGUUUCAUCCUCCUGUGAUCGAUAGCAUUUUAGAUAAUCUAAAGCAUCGAUGCGUUUCAUGCGGUCUGAGAUUCAGACAUCAACAUCAACUUCAGAGUCACUCGGAUUGGCACAGCUCGAAUAACUCGGAGAUGAGUAGCAUCGAAAAAGUGUGUCGGAGAUGGUAUUCGAGCAUCAACGAUUGGAUUUCUGGAGUGGUCGAACCACCAUGCGGGCCGGUUCCUGUCGAGACCCUAGAAUCCAUGCCUUUGGAGGAUUCCUCGGAGCCUAUGGUUACUGCUGAUGAAAGACAAUGUAUUUGCGCGCUUUGCGGAGAACCGUUUGAAGAUUUCUAUUCGAUCGAGAGGGACGAGUGGAUGUACAAAGGGACUGUUUAUCUGAACUCAGCAGAUGAGAAAUGUGUUGCCGGAGGCAUUGGAAAUAACAUUUUGGAAGGUCCCAUUGUGCAUGCUAAGUGCAUUUCAGUGUCUGCAGUUAAUGGAGAUGUUGCUGGGUAUUGUUGAUUUGUUAUAAUGGAGUUCUUCAAUGCCUUCUCCCCUUCAAUUCGGCAUGACCUGUAUUUUGCUUCCAAAGUGCAUUAUGGCUUAAUGAGAGCAAUCACUGUAGCAGGUCCUGGCAAGGGAAGCCAACAAACAUACUGGUUCAAGGUUUGCUUGGCUGUUUCCUGACUCUCUUUUUGAAUUUCAUCAAGUUUGAGCUUAUGAAUAUCUGAAUCAUUUUGAUAAAUUUUAUUUGUGCAUCAUAUAUAAUUUGCAUGAUAUAGAUAUAAAAAUUGGUUUAAUCAGGUUUUUGUGCUAAUAUUUGAUGCAAUUUUUUUCCUAGUCAAUGGUGAUUUAGAGCUCCUUCAGUUCCAGCUACAAAUCUUAAUUGUGUUUUGUAAAAAAAAAACAAAAAAAAAAUGAAAGAAAUAUCAGGAUGGAAAUGUGGUUUAAUAAAGAUGUGGUAUGAUUAAUCAUUAUGAAAAAUUUUAAUAUGAUUCAGCCAGGUGUAGUUAUAGUUUGGGGAAGAUGUGGGAUUUGUUGUAACAAAUCAAUUGAUAGAAGACAUUUUGUUUGUAUUAUUGUUAUCUGCCUAACAGCUUCUAUUUUCUUAAGAGUAGUUGUGACAAGCUUUUUGGGGGGUCUUAUCAGUAAUUUUCUGGCAAAUAUAUUGUUUUGCUUU